UCCAGCAUUUUUCAACAUCAUUACUCCUGUCUGUAAAUCCGUUAAGAUAUCUGUUCUUCUUUUGUGGGAGAAAAAUAAAUGUGGAAAAAACGUUCGCCAUGCCUGGCAGAAGAUAAAUAGCACGUGCAAAAGGAAAUAGCGCGCUGUCUGUUUUCUGUACAUUUCCACGAGCGGCACACACCGCUGAUGGGAAACUUUUCCACCGAUAAGUUUCCUUCUCCAAGGCAAACGAAUUUUGUGCCCGUUUCAACCAACACGUGUGUGUGUGUUUGUGUGUGUGUGCUUCCGUAUACCAUGUGCUUCAAAGUGUCCCUCUGGUAGUACGCAACCCUCCCAAAAGAAAGAAAAAAGAAAAUGAGUUCAAGGAUUAGCGCACUUGAUCCUGUUGUGAGGAGCAGCUGAGGGGUCGGAUUCUGCCGCUUACAAAAACACAACACACACACAGAGAAGAUCUCUAAUCCUGUGUAGCCGUGACACUGUGCGCGGGUGAAUUAUUGGGCAUCGUGGAGCACUUGCCCACCCCCCUUUGCAUAUUUCACGCGAAGUAGGCGAGUGGUGCAAUGUGGUGAAAAGACGAUCGUCGGCUGCUAUUGUGUGAUGUUUUGCACCGAAUGGUUUCACUGCUACAGCAACGAUUGAACCUCACUAAACAGAAGAUUAUUAAGCCAUCGGCACGCUCCUGGCUCAUAAAAGCCCCAGCACACUCAAAAAAAGCGAUUGUAAUCAAACCCCGCAACGGUUUAGAUAGUGAUCGAUCGACAGAAAGAGACAGAGCUCACUUGUGGUGUAGUGAAACAAUUGCUUUAUCGGGCAUCGGGGUAUCGGGCUGGCAGCAUCUCGCAAAAAAGAGCACGCCUAAUUAACAUCUCAGCUCAUUGUGCCGUCCAUAGCCUAAUUGGAAUCAGGCUUUUUUCAUACACUCCCCACUCCCCGUUAGCCCUGAACGGUCAACAUUUUUCCCCUGGCAGCAAUGAGGGAGUAGUGUAACGUGAUCCUGUCUGGAUGUAUGUAGCAAUGUGUGAUUUACGCGCGUUGUGAAUGGUGUGUGUGUGUGGUAUCAGCAUCAUUAAGAUAGAAACAACUACAGAAAGCAGCUACAGAUCUAGCUUCCGAGCGGCACACACACGCACGAAGUGAAAAGGAAUGAAGUCAUGAUACCGCGAGUUAGUCACCGCAUCUGGAUUAUCGUUUCGUGCUACCUUCUGUUAAAAUGUUCCUUGGCAAACCAACAACCACCCGCUCGCGGGACGCUCGAAAGCAGCGACGACAGUACACACCCCAACCAGGCCACGGCAGGGCCUCUACCUAUUUACCACCGAACCAUAGAUAGUAGUCAAUUCCUCAACACCGCCCUUCGUCCGGAUGGACCCUCAUCCAAAAUAACUGCAAAGCGGAAAGACUCGACAUUAUCCAUCCCUGCGACACCAGACACCCCAAGCACAGCAUCCCGUAGACCUAAGAGCAAUGUAGCUUAUAACAAUUUAGAUAACGUUUUACAUACCGUCGACGAGCCGCGGGAGGAGGGCCAGAUUACAUGGGGUUCAGAGCAACUCGAACAGCGCCAGCACUACGGUUACACCGUUGACGACCGUUCCAGACAUUGGCGCUACCGAAGAUCUGCUAGCACUAGUGAACUACAACCGGAAAACUAUUCCACGCGUUCUCCCAGCGCCAACAACGUGCGGGCCGGGAGCGGGACCUCCCACCAUGAAACGGCGGCAGACAUUCCUACUGCUCGUGCAACUGCUGUCAAUGCUAAUGAUGGUAGCGCAACCGCUGAUGCACAAAAUCACAGCAGGCACAGCAGCACCGAGCAGCAAGGCCCUAGCAACGCACCAAGCCAAACGCUCCCGACCGCGCCGGGCAAGCCGGCAGCUGUGAUCGAUAGUUUAAAGGCGAGUAAUUUAGAUCAACAAAUUAGCAGAAACCCACCGGCGGUGGUACCGUCGAAAUUAGAUCCAUCGGCAACUGGCGCACACAAAAGUGUACCCGCCGGAGCAGCAGCAGCAGCAGCAGCAUCAAGUCGGCAAAGUUUCCCAUCGACGCAACCCCCAGGGAAGACAACGACGCAUCCACUUUCACACUUCGCUAGCGGUCCUCCGCAGGAACGAGCAAUUACAACGCCAGCCCAUUCUUCGGUGACAACUGACAGCCACCAUUAUUACGGCGCAGAGCAGGAGCAAGAGCGAGCCCGCCCCGUGCCAUCCGGUGGCGUCGCCAAUAUCAUUCUGCUUGACGACCGCGUCUACAUUACCCCGGUCCGCCGUACCCGCCGGGGCAACCGGACCGCCGACCUGACGCUCGACCCGACCGGUGCCAUCUUUGCCGGCCCAAACUUUGACGAACAAAUCAUCUUUCUCAAUGGGCCCGAUCUGCCGGAGCGGGUGGAGCCGGUGGCGCGCGCCCGAAUGGGAAAAGUUGCCCGCAACGCACCGGACGAACCAUUAGCGCUGCCGCUCCGGCCGAUCGGGCGCGACCCGGCCGACUCGGAGCAGCUGGCGGACGGCAGCGUGGUGGCGGUGGUGUACGCCGACCAGCACGAAACGGUCCGGCUGAACUGCGAGGUGGACGCGGACAUUACGACCGGCGUGUGGCUCAAGGAUGGCCAGAUAGUGCACGCGGCGGACAAGAAGUCACGAACCGCCGACGUACGGUUUGUGCGCGAAUCGUUCGGUGCGCUCACCAUCGCCGAUGUGCUGCUGGAGGACGAUGGCGUGUGGCAGUGCGAGGCGGAGAAUGCGCGCGGCUUCUUCUUCAACGGACGGCCAAUCAAGCUGAUCGUGCUGGAUCCACCGAAGGAGCCAUAUUUGCUGAUCGAUUCGCGGCGGCUCGAUGCGGGCAACAUGUUCAUCCCGGUGAAGGAAAACUCCGAGCUGACGCUUGCCUGCGUCAGCGAGGGCGGCAACCCGAAGCCCACCCUCACCUGGGAGGUGCUGCUCAGCCCCGGCAUCGACCGGCACGCACAGAAACUAUCGAACGACGUGCUGGAGCUGCAGGAGAUAAGGAAGGAUAAGGACAAGGAACCGUACAAGAUCAAUGCCGGCGCCGUAUCGGAGGCACGCCUGCCCGCCGUCUUCCGGGUGCAUCACAACGCCCGCAUCCUCUGCAUCAUGGAGCAUCCGACGCUGAAAGUGCGCCAAAACGCUUCGAUUCUGCUCGAUGUGCAAUACACACCCUCGUUCGCCAUCACGCGCACGCCCGGGUUCGGCUAUCCGCUGCGGGAAGGCAUCGCCGUUUCGCUCAAGUGUGAUGUCGAUUCGAACCCACCGAGCACGCCGCUGUGGCAGAAGGACGAUGGUGAUCCACCGGUGCCGCAGACGGGCGACGGCUUUCUCAACUUUAGCUCGAUCCGGCGCGAACACUCCGGCUGGUACAAGUGCACCUCGAGGCAUCUCAACUUUCAGUACUCGAGCAUCGGAUAUUAUCUCAGCGUGCGAUACGACCCAGUCGACGUAACGUCGGAACCUGUCGAACAGGAUCUUUCCUUAGCUCCAUCAUCUUCCUCCUCCUCCUCUUCAUCCUCCUCUUCCUCCUCAUCAGCAGCAGCAUCCUCUCCGGCAUCGUCCGCGUCUGGCGCCUCGUUCGCGCCCACCAACGGAGCGGGCCAUGCUGCCGGUGGACCACCCUUCCCCGGAAGUGUACCGACCGGAACAAACUCCUUCAAGGCCGGCGGCCAAAUGGAAGUUGAGCUCGGCGGCUCCGUUACAUUGCAGUGCCCGCAAGGAUCGCUUGGCUGCUGGUCACAUCUGGAUUCGGCAUCGGCCAGGGUGAAGGGACCGGGCGCAGGCCGGCACACCCAAACCGGUCAAUUCUCGCUAAAGGACGUCGUCUACCAGGACGCUGGCACGUACAAAUGUGUCGGCCAGAGCGGUGCCGGCCGCAAAAAGCUCGAACUGCAGCCGACAGCCUCGGUUGCGGUUAAAGGUAUUCCAAGAGUAGCAGCCCGUAACUCAACACCUGCAGCAAUGGCAGGAUCGCCGCUGCAUCUUUCGGUAGAGUUUUGUGCCAGUCCACUUCCCUAUGCCGCACGGUGGCUUCACGGUGAUCGCAUCUACACGCCCGGCAGCCAGUACGGUGGUGAAGUUAUUGCUUACGGAUUUACGGAUUUGCCGACGCCACACUGCAAGGAGGCACGUCUGACCUACGUGCACAUGCACGAGAAGGUCCCGCGAACGUUCUACUUUGUCGUGUCCUCGCCCGCCGGUGUCGCCGAAGCCGUCUUCAAAGUCAACUACACCCAGCGGCACAAACCGUUCACCCAAACGACCCACUCCGGAGCGGGAAACUCGUUUUCAUCGUCAGCCACCUCUUCGUCCUCUUCUGCUUCGUCCUCCUCCUCCGCCAGCAAUGCCGUGUCGAACAUUAACGGUGGCCUGUCGGGGUACAAGCUCGGUCCCAACACCAUCAACACCGUGCCGGGCAACGGGCUGGACGAUGACGAGGAGCUGAUGGAGCCGGAAGAGAUUCAUUUUCCCAUCUUCGGAUCGACCGGAUCCACCGUAAGGUUGCAGCCCGCCCACCGCCUGCUCGCCGCAUCAUUGCUCUGCAUGCUACUGCACUGGGUUGUCGGACGGACCGGCUUCAUUCUUGGCCCGGCAUCUUGGCUGGCACGAUCGACACUGUAACGCUGUGUCGCCCGCUUCGAGGCGUAAAGCGCAGCGUUUGCUGCUGUGUACUGUUUAAUGCCUGUGCUGUAUUUUGCAGCCUUAAUGCAGUGCACUCGGACCGUCAAGGUGACGGCAUAAUCGAAUUUAAGCCGCUCGAAUUCGCCCCCGGGACCUCUCCGGGCAGGAGUGAAACAAAAUGACCGGAAGUGAUUGAUUAGCGCUCGACCGGAUAUUACACGUUGUUCAUGUUGCUUGUUUCGGAGCGGGCAGGCGCGUCUUAGACGCUCCUGCUCAAAGGCGAGGGGUUGGCGAGUCAGGGGAUACUUGGAGCAUUCCUCAGCUAGUGUGCCACAUAAAUCAUUUUGAGAAUGUUCCUUUUUCGCUCUACAGAGGUUUUCCCCGUAAACUUGCAAUGUGCAAGGAGUAUGUUUCUUUGAGCGAGAAUUAGAACCGUUACAUAGCUUAGCUUCGUCAACGUAUUAUACUAAAUCAUCUUGAAUAAUUUGUUAAACAUCAUCUCUUCCUAAUUUAAUAUCAUACUUCCGUACAUGUUGGAUAGUUUUACACAAAAAUAUACAGCUCACAUUCAAAAAGCUCUGUAAGCAACAAGUUCAUUUAUCAAACAAUUCUGUACAUAAUAUAUUACCUUAUUUUUCGUGUGUACAUCAACAACAGCAAAAAAAAAGUAAAACUAAACCCGACAAGAGAAACCAUCUCCCUUUCGAUGUAAAAAGUGUUUAAAAAAAUAACUGUUGUUCAAUUUAUGUACAUCCUCCUCGCACAGGAACCGGUAUCGUACAGGAGCUUUCGCCCAAGAAAAAAGCUCGAAGCCAUUUCAUCGAUUCAAUUAUGAAGCGUUUCGCGCAUUCACGGUUAUUAAAUACGCAAUUAUUAAAUAAAUCAAAACGUUGUAAAUACUGUUCGUUUUCGUGCUAAACUGUAGGACGACCAUCUCAUUCUGUCUUGUGUGUGGUGUAGGAAGAAAAAACAAACACGUUGAGCUACUGGUUUACGUUCCGAAAAAUGUGUAAAUGAUGCUGUCUUUGAAAGUGUAAGAUGAAACAUCAAUUUAAAAAAAAAGGAUUAAACCCAUUCAAACGAGAAAUGGUGCAAACAAAACACAAAGCUACAAAUCCAUUUCAAGUGUAGAUAAAUACUGCUAUCAAUUGCUUUGUAUUGGUUAAAUUUCUCUCUCCGCUAUUGUACGUUUUAUCGCUCGCUCGUUAAGCUUUCUAAUCGUUCUUACUUACGUACUGGGCCUUGGUGAUGGCCGCUCUACUCUUACCUGCUAAAUGGUAAGGCUCUACGCUCUCUCGUUCUACAACCUUCGUACUACGAACGUGUCCUCCCCUUGCGCAAUGUAAUUACAACAGUCAAUUUAGGUAACAGCUAGUAAUAAAACAAUGUGCCAAAAACGAAUCGUAGGUGUGUUAGGUUAAAAAGCGAAACAAAAACCGACGACGAUGCCAAAACUAGUCAAACGUAAUUGCAUAAACUUUCCUUGCCUCUAUGUUACCAUCCAAACCACACACACACACACACACACACACACACACACACACACACACACACACACACACACACACACACACAUCGACCAUACACCGUCCCAAACUUCCACUUUUACAACUCUCCAAAGACAUCUCCUGCUCGUGAUUUCCAGAUUGUCUGAACUAUAAAACAAUUAUCACGACCAUAAGCAACAUCUGCCCUACGCAGAAGAGAAACGAACACACGAAAACGCCGUUCUCCUCCGCGCGAAAGACACUUUAUCGAUCCGGUGCCACAAUCCCUAGGCUAGGCUAAAUCCUGGUGCGAAUCGCGACAUAUGCCCCGAACCUCGGCAAAAGGACACCGUUCCGGUCGGUAUGUCGCGAAAUUUGUAACCUGCGAAACCUGUUUCCAAUGGUGCCCCUGUCGCCACCUUCUCAAGCAUUUGCAUUCGGUGGGCUCAAGCUUGGCCGAGGACUGUUGCAAGCCCGUGAAAGGUUAUGAAUAAUUGAAGAGUAUGAUAACGAUAUGUAAAACUGUCUAGCAGGGCAGCUUCGCAUUUUCCGACUGGGAGGAAAAUGCUGCAUGACGGGAGAGUAUGAAAUAGAAACAUUUUACGACAAUUUUAAUUUUUUUUUAAAUUUGUGUUGUAUGCAAAAAAUAGACCUGAAAUAAACCAAUAAGAAAUGAGUUUUCAAAUAAAGAAAAUUAUUCCAUUUGUAAAAUAGAUACAAAUAAAUGGAAAACAACUAACACAAGAA